AUCCUACAUUGGUCACACUAUUCAUUUCGUAACCAAAACAAAACAGAAAUUUGUUAAUAUUUUAAAUAUGCUGCAAGCGUUUAGACCUAAUUCGCCAACAGCAAUUGUCGUACGUGCAGCAUCUACAAAUGCAAAGAAACUCGAGGAGAUCCGAGAACGUUUGGCCAAAGGGCCAAACUUUCAAGACUUUGUCCAAAACCCGGAUAACUUAAAGAGUACGGGGGAAAACUAUGAUGGAAAAUUGCGUCGUGAGAAGGGAGAAGAGCAACGCCUGCGUCUGCCGCCAUGGCUGAAGACCACGAUACCGAUGGGCAAAAACUACACAAAGAUUAAGGAGCAGCUGCGCGAACUAAAACUAUCCACGGUGUGUGAGGAGGCUCGUUGCCCCAACAUCGGAGAGUGCUGGGGCGGCGGUGAAAAUGGAACUCAGACCGCCACGAUUAUGCUCAUGGGAGACACUUGCACCCGCGGCUGUCGUUUCUGUUCCGUAAAAACAGCACGCAUACCGCCGCCACUUGACGAAAAUGAGCCCGUGAACACUGCCAAGGCGAUCGCGUCUUGGGGCUUGGAUUACAUUGUGCUGACAUCAGUCGAUCGUGAUGAUUUGCCAGACGGUGGAUCGAAACAUAUUGCUCAAACGGUACGAGAAAUCAAAGCUCGGAAUUCUAAUAUUUUUGUCGAAUGUCUGGUGCCGGACUUUCGUGGGGAUCUGGAUUGUGUGGAAACGAUUGCAAACUGCGGUCUGGACGUCUAUGCGCACAACAUUGAGACCGUAGAGAAGCUGACUCCCUUCGUUCGAGACAGACGUGCCCACUAUACACAAACGCUUCGGGUGCUUGGCGAAGCAAAGCGAUUUAAUCCCAAUCUCAUCACAAAGAGCUCCAUUAUGCUUGGUCUUGGCGAGACUGAUGCUGAGGUUGAAAAAACUAUGACCGAUUUGCGAGAGGCUGGAGUCGAAUGCUUGACCUUAGGCCAGUACAUGCAGCCCACGAACAAGCAUCUCAAAGUCAUUGAGUAUGUUACGCCUGAAAAGUUUAAGCAUUGGGAAGAGCGCGGAAACGAACUGGGAUUCCUCUAUACAGCCAGUGGCCCUCUUGUCCGCAGCUCGUAUAAAGCUGGCGAGUUCUUUAUUUCGAGUAUAUUGGCAAACCGCAAAGCAAAGCAAUCGCAACUCGACAGUGCACCAAAAAAUUAGAUUAAUUCGUGAUGUGUAGAAUUUUUGAUUUAUCCGAAUAUGGCCUAGUCUUUCGA